UCUAACUUUAUCAGCUUCACUUUAUCAACUCAUAAUCUCACCCUCAUCCUUGACGAUCAAUUUCAUUCUUGUCCUCAAAUCUAGGAUUAGGAAUUCAAAUCAAUCAUCACUUGUCCUAACCUUCUAUCCGAAAUCUUUGACCUUCUCUGCCGGGACAUAAAGAGAUCAAUGUUUCUCGACAAAUCUACCUCCGCGAUAUCCGAUACAUAUAAACUCAACUGCUUCCACACCACAACUAUGAGUUUCGUUCGCCUUGACACUUUAUCGGACCAGGUUUUUCAAUAAAUAGAAAUUAAGCGUGAGGUUGACCCAUGAGAAACUUUGGAGGAUCUAAUUCUCACUGUUGGACAUGGAUUACUCAUCAUCCUCUUUGUUCGCAUUUCUCGACCUUCAUUGUUAUUUGUAUUUCUCCUUAUGGUUUAUAACACAAUCCAUCAUGCUCAUAUACCUUUGUGUUUCUAUAGAGGAUGCUCAACUUACCCCUGUUUUACAUCUUGGAGCUGGAGCAUGUGCUGGAAUAAUUGCUCUGUCUGGAGCUUAUCCAAUGGAUAUGGUCCAAGGCAUGAUAAAAUGUCUAGGCCAUUUGCAUCAAAGCCAACAAGAAAAAGACUAUGCAAAAGUGGCCCUGCUACUGCACAAAAGAGAUAAAAAGAGAGAAGCGGAUAAUCUUCAAUCACAUAUUUUCCUAAACUUGUGUCUUCUAUUGCAUUUCAAUGUUUUUCAAUCACAGCUCUUGAUGACGUCCUGGGCAACUACUAAGUCUUCCCUGCUCAACGACUCUAUCACUCGUGUGUGAUUUCCUACAAGGUAAAGGCAGCUUCAAAAGAUCCAACAAAGGUUAAUAGCAAUGUAGGAAUACAAGGUUUGUGAUUAUUUAGUUGAUAGUGUCACUGGUUGUCAAACAAGCGAGAAUGCCGAUGUUUUAUGACUAACAUCAGAGGAUCUCAUUUUAGUUAUAGGAAUGAUUAAAACUCAUGACUAUCCAAAUAUAUGAAAUAAUGAUGAUGUUAACAUCUUCCAUAAAAUAAUUAAGGGUGUGUGGUAUAAUAACAUGUUCUGUUUUUUUUCUGAUUUGUUUUAUCUGUAAAUUCAUGUUGAUAAGCUUAGUCGGCAAUUGUCAUUGAAGGAAUGGAUGUCUUAAAUUACACAUGAUAACAUUUCAAAUUUCCAUCAUUCAUUAAUAUUAACUUUUUUUUUGUAUAGUCUUUUAUAUAUAAUAACUAAUAACUAUUGUGCAUUAUGUGAAUUUCAAUGUUUAGAUUAGUUCUAUAGAGUAGUCCUCAUCUCUAAAUCGGUAUAGAAUAGAAUAAUAUUUUACAAGUCUUAUCCAACUUUGAGAUUAAGUAUUAAUAAAAACAAUACCCAAGUCUU